AUGGUGGCUAAACAGAGGAUCCGCAUGGCCAACGAGAAACACAGCAAGAACAUCACGCAGAGAGGAAACGUGGCCAAGACGCUGCGACCACAAGAGGAGAAGUAUCCUGUGGGUCCCUGGCUGCUCGCCCUCUUUGUGUUUGUUGUGUGUGGAUCAGCCAUAUUUCAGAUCAUCCAGAGCAUCCGUAUGGGAAUGUGAUGCAGAAGGAGCGUCCGGACUCCCGUACCCCCCCUCAUGCCCUCACUGAGCCUGGCUAGCCCACACCUGCACACACCCACCCACCA